AUGCGGAUUUCGCUCGUAGUGUUAAUGGAGUCGUGCGAGGGCUGCAGCGCCACUGCCGGCUGGGACCAGAGCUGGUGCUACGUGCAUGUCGGUUCCAAUUGCAAGCAAUACCUUAACUCCAGCGCGGUUGGCGAGACGCGCAAGUGGCGCGAGUGCGGCUCCUGCAAUGGCAUGACGGAGCGCAACUACGUUGGCGAUGCCGAUGGCAGUGCAGAGUCGUACGAGGGGCGGUUCAAUUGCAACCAGUACCUGAUUUCCAGCGUGGCUGGCGAGGCGCGCAAGUGCGGCGAACGCGGCUCCUGCAACUGCAUGGUUGAGUUUAAUUGCGAUGGCGAUGCCGACGGCGCAAUGGAGUCGUACAGCGCCGCGGCUGACUGGGACCAGAGCUGGGUCUACGCGCAGGGCGGUUCCGAUCGCAACCAUUACCUGAACUCCAGCGUGGCCGGCCGGACGCGCAAGUGGCGCGAGUGCGGCUCCUGCAAUGGUAUGACGGAGUGGAAUUGCGAUGCCGAUGCCGAUCGCGUUUCGGAGUCGUACGAGGGCUGUAGCGCAACGGCCGACUGGUACCAGAGCUGGUGCUACGCGCAGUGCGGCUCCGAUCGCAACCAGUACACGAAAUCCAGCGUGGUUUGCGAGGUGCGCAAGUGGCGCGAGUGCGGCCCCUGCAGCUGCAUGACG